AGGCGUGCGCGGCGGGCGGGCACAGCGCGGCGAAGCAGAACGGGGAGCUGUCUGCGGUCAGGAGCAGCAAUGUCCGUGAAGGUGGCGGCCCCGGGAAGCACGGGGCUGGGCCCGGAGCACCUGAGCCCUGAGGAGCUGGUGCGACAGACGCGACAAGUGGUUCAGGGGCUGGAGGCCCUGCGGGCAGAGCACCGGGGCCUGGCCGGGCACCUGGCGGAGGCCCAGGCAGGACAGGGCCCGGUGGCUGGCCUGGAGCUGCUGGAAGAGAAGCAGGAGGUGGUGGGCCACUCGCUGGAGGCCAUCGAGCUGGGGCUGGGUGAGGCCCAGGUGCUGCUGGCGCUGUCGGCGUAUGUGGGCGCGCUGGAGGCUGAGAAGCAGCGGCUGCGAGCGCAGGCCCGGCGGCUGGCCCAGGAGAACGCAUGGCUGCGGGAAGAGCUGGAGGAGACGCAGCAGCGGCUGCGGGCCAGCGAGGAGGCUGUGGCCCAGCUGGAGGAGGAGAAGAGCCACCUGGAGUUCCUGGGGCAGCUGCAGCAGUGUGACCCGCCGGCGGAGAGCCAGCAGCCCGAGUCCCCCCAUCGGCAGGACAGCCUGACCUCCCUGUUCCCCAGUGAGGAGGAGGAGAGGAAAGGUCCCGAGGCAGCGGGGGCCGUCUCUGCUCAGCAGGGUGGCUACGAGAUCCCGGCCCGCCUUCGGACCCUGCACAACCUGGUGCUCCAGUACACGGGACAGGGCCGCUACGAGGUGGCCGCACCGCUGUGCCGCCAGGCCUUGGAGGAUCUGGAGCGGAGCUCGGGCCACUGCCACCCUGACGUGGCCACCAUGCUCAACAUCCUGGCGCUGGUGUACCGGGACCAGAACAAGUACAAAGAGGCCACAGACCUUCUCCAGGAUGCCCUGCAGAUCCGGGAGCAGACGCUGGGCCGGGAGCACCCCGCGGUGGCUGCCACCCUCAACAACCUGGCCGUCCUCUACGGGAAGCGUGGGCGUUACCAGGAGGCGGAGCCCCUGUGCCAGCGGGCCCUGGAGAUCCGUGAGAAGGUCCUGGGCGCCAACCACCCGGACGUGGCCAAGCAGCUCAACAACCUGGCCCUGCUGUGCCAGAACCAGGGCAAGUUCGAGGAGGUGGAGCAGCACUACGCCCGGGCCCUGAGCAUUUACAAGGCCCUGGGUGGGCCUCAUGACCCCAACGUGGCCAAGACCAAGAACAACCUGGCCUCAGCCUACCUGAAACAGAACAAGUACCAGCAGGCAGAGGAGCUGUACAAAGAAAUCCUCAGCAGGGAGGCCCUGCCCGCCCCUCUCGGAGCCCCCAACACAGGCACAGCUGGUGACGCAGAACAGCAGACCCUUCGCCGGAGCAGCUCGUUCUCCAAGCUCCGAGAGUCCAUCCGGCGGGGAAGCGAGAAGCUGGUCUCCCGGCUCCGAGGCGAGGGUGUGGCGGGAGCAGCCGGGAUGAAGAGGGCCGUGUCACUCAACAUGCUGAACAUGGACGGUUCCAGGGCUGCUGCGAACCAGGUCACAGCAGAGACGGAACUGAACCAAAGCCUGCCCAUGCGUCUCAGCACAAGUACCCUCUUAGCCCGUGCCGGCCUCCAGCCAGUCGGUUCCGGAAGUUGCCUCUCACCCCCAGCUCGACAACCACUGCAACGCCGCCAGCAACCUCACAGAAGCACGACACAGUACACGGCCCACGGUCAGCACCAGUCCACAACCCCUGAAGGGCAACUCAAAAGCGAAAAUGCUCUGGAAACUCCAGAUGUUUAAGUUUGGCACGAACUCCUACAGCAGCAAAACCUGCCCUGAGUCUAUUCAGAGUCCUGACGUAUCUCCCUUAGUUUGACUCUUCAGAACGUUUGCUGAAAUAUGACUCUCACUGGAGGGACUUGCCCAGACCCCACUGGCAGUGUUUCCAGUCUGGAAAAUUGUCAACUCUAAAACACAUCUGGGAAACUCCAUGGUGGUCCAGUAGUUAGGACUCCAUGCUUUCACUACUGAGAGCCCGGGUUCAAUCCCCGAUCGGGGAACUAAGAGCCCACAAGCCAUGUGGCGUGGCAAAACAAAAAACAACAACAACAAAAAACACAUCCGGCCCAGGGACUUCAGAUAUGAAACUGAGGGCCCGUGUCACGAUGUUCAUUUUACAAAGAAGGGGACCGAGGCAGAGUGGAAGGGUCACUUAGCAAGGUCACAGCCAGACGAUGAACUUGGUUAGCCACGCUAACCAAGUACCAGGCCCUGGGCCACAAAGGCCUUUCACACCCACUAUCUCACUCAAUCCCCUCAACCGCCCUGGGAGAUCACGGAGGGGGUUGUUCCCAUUUCAUACAAGAGGAAACUAAGGCUUGGGGCGUCGAACUCAAGCCCAGGUCUGUCUGAAUCCAGAAUCCCACAGCUGCCUGAGAAGUGGUGGGGAGCGAAGGGAGAAAAGGCAGCCCUCGUUCCCACCUCCCCUCCCCCAUCA